AUGGGUGGUCAAGAGACAGUUGGUGCCAGUCUUGCGAGUGAAGGCAGAACAUUCCCUUCGCUGACACCAGUGCCUGAGGCUCUGUUCACAGACAGUGCUCAAAGCUGCGAAUUUGGAAGAAGAUUUUCUGUUCAACACAAGCAACACCAGGACAGAAUAAAAACAGUGAAAACACAAACCAGACCUCCAGAAGAGCCUGAGAGGGCAAGAGAGAAAGUUGGUGUUUUCAUGGAUAUUACCAAGAAACUCACUAACAAGACCAGUGAGGCAGCAAUGCUGCUGGAACUAAAGGCCAGUGCCUCUGAAGAGGAGACACUUUCAGAUCACUAUGUCAUCCUCAAGACCCUUGGCAAAGGGAACUUUGCUGAGAUCAAGCUUGCCUACCACCUUCAUACAGAGGUACAAGUUGCAAUCAAGGUCCUGCCAAAUGGAACAAAGAAUGACUUCAGCAUAAAAACCAAAAUCGCAAUGUAUAAAAUGUUGGACCACCCAUAUAUUAUCAAGCUGUUCCAUAUCAUCAACACCAAAGAAUACACCUACAUGGUGUUGGAACAUGCUGUUGGUGGAGAUCUGGUGAGCUAUAUUGGGAGGGUGGGCCCUCUGCAGGAAAAGCAGGCACAGCACAUUUUUACACAGCUAGUGUGUGCCGUUCACUACUGCCAUGAGAACGGCAUUGCACACAGAGACAUCAAGCUCGAUAAUAUCCUGCUUGAUGACAAAGGCAACAUCAAGCUGUGCGACUUUGGCCUGGCCACCAGAGUCACCCCUGGCCAGGAUACCAAGGGGUUCUGUGGAAACAUCGAAUAUUGUGCUCCAGAACUGUUUUCUGACAAAGAAUACGAUGCAAAAGCAGUUGACAUCUGGAGCAUGGGAGUGGUUUUAUAUUCAAUGGUGAUGGCAUCCUUUCCGUUCAAAGCCAAGACCUAUUCAGAAAUGAAGGAGGAGAUGUUGGAUCCCAAGUACCACCUCCCUCACACACUUUCACAAAACAUAGCAAACAUCACUGUGCAAUUGUUCACUGUGAAGCCUGAGCAGAGACCCAAGAUAUAUGACAUUAGGCAGCACCAGUGGCUUAAGGCUAAGGAAGAAUUUUGGAAAACCACACCAUCCUUAGAGGCACUCUGUAACAACCCAAAUCCCAAAGUUGUGGUGGCUAUGUGGGGUAUGGUCUAUGGCCAUAAGGACAUUAGUGCUUGUCUACAUGAGAAAAAAUUCAAUAACAUCAUGGCCACAUACCUAAUUUUAAACCAGAAGUCGCCAGGGGGCGAUCACUCUAAAUAUGCUUCAAAGUUCUUGCCAGCCUUUGUUGCUUUGUCCCCAGCAGAUGCUCUCACUAGUGUUCCUUCUCAGAGGGGACUGAGUGAGCCUGCUCUUCCCAACUUGAUGGAGGAACACCAGGUGCAUGAUGAGAAGGGAUCAAGUAAGAAGAGGAUGAGAAGCCUGAGCAUGCCUGCCACCUUGUGCUGCCAGAAGGAAAGAAACAAAUGUCCACACCCAGCCCCCAAAUUUGCUCAUAAGUUUGCUUAUCUCAAGAGCAGAUAUUUGGCACUGGAUAGCAUGAUUUGCAAUUGGUCAUCCUCAAGAUCCCUAUCGUCUGAGAGCAUUUCUUCUGCAUCUUUUUUGUCCUUGGAAACACCCCAGGAAGUGAACACCCCCAACAAUAGCUCAUAUACUCAGAGUUCAGGGAGUUACAGGGAGGUACCUCACAUUGUGAACAUCACAGCCACAUAUGACAUCCAGAGAGAUUGUCUUCAGUCAGCAUAUAAGAACAGCUUCGAUGAUGUCCCUCCUGAAGGCAUACCUGAAAACAGGAGAUCUUCCCUUCUAGAAACAUCCAAGAACUGCUUUAAAGAUUUCCCACCUGAAUACAAAACUACAGCCUCUGUCAGCCAUCUAUCCCGAGGUUGGAAGAGGGUUAAGAAGAGAAUUGGAAAUUGUCUCAGACUACUAUGCUGCUGUGUGCCAGCCUCCAAGAGAAGCAAUAUUUCUCAGAGGGCAGCAGAAGUGGAGAACAAUGCAUUCAGACACAUGCAGCUCCAUGGGGUGCCCAAGAUGCAAUCCUGUGUUUCUUAA